CUUUCCUUUGCCUCCUCUGUUGAUGUUACCUGGCCAGUGUAGAAAGCACGGUCAGUGUCACUCGAUUCAGGAUGCUAUUACGGAAAACGGAGAGGUGAACUGGAAGGCCUUUCAAAGGCGGGAUUACUGCUUCAGCCGUGGACGCCCAGCGUCACGACCACUCACUGACACAUCUCCCAUUGUCUCCGAGAGCAGCGUUCCCCCGCCCCCAGGGGCAGCGUGCGGCUCCCGCCGCUCUGAGGGCCCGGGGAAGCGCCGCCUCCGCCGCCGCCGAGCGCAGCGGGGCCAUGGCGGCUCCGCGGGCCCCGGGGCUGGGGCCGGAGCCGGGCAGCAGCACGCAGACAUCGCACCGGCUGCUGGCCUACAGCGACGCGCUGCUGUCCAUCAUCGCCACCGUGAUGAUUUUGCCGGUUGCUCACACGAAAAUACAUCCUGACCAGAAAUUAGGUGAAAGUAUUCAGCAGCUUCUCCUAGCAAAAAUUGCAGUCUACUUGAUGACCUUUUUAAUAGUCACAGUGGCAUGGGCAGCUCAUGUAAGGUUGUUUCAGGUGAUAGAGCAUAUAGAUGAUGUCCUGGCUCUUCUAAAUCUGGCUUGUAUGAUGAUCAUAACCUUCUUGCCAUAUACCUUUUCCUUAAUGGCCUCCUUUCCUGGGGUACCUUUCGGCAUCUUCCUGUUCAGUGUCUGUGCUGUUGUCAUUGGUCUUAUACAGGCUGUGAUAGUAGCAUAUGGAUUCUAUCACCCACACUUACUGAAUCAACAGAUACAGGAGUCUGAAAAUCAGAAUUUCUAUAAACGUCAUAUCUUAAAGAUUAUCUUAAGAGGACCAGUUUUAUGCUUUCUAGCAGCCAUAUUUUCUUUUUUCUUCAUUCCUUUGUCUUAUGUACUUCUUGGACUCGUAAUUGUUUUUCCACAUCUCAGUCGAUUAAUUACAUGGUGUAAAACCAAAAUUCUUGGUCAGAGAGGUGAAGAGGAAGAACAUCACAGCUUAGAAACCUUCACUUUUUACCUCAGUGAGCCUCUGAGUAAGGAACGAGUAGAAGCAUUCAGUGAUGGAGUCUAUGCCAUUGUAGCAACCCUGCUCAUUUUGGAUAUAUGUGAAGACAAUGUUCCUGAUCCCAGAGAAGUUGAGGAGAACUUCCAUGGCAGUCUUCUUGAAGCUUUAAGUGAAUAUGGGCCAAACUAUCUUGCUUACUUUGGCUCAUUUGUUACAAUCGGUCUCCUGUGGUUUGUCCAUCACUCUCUUUUCCUUUAUGUAACAAAAGCUACCCGAUUAAUGGGACUGCUCAACAUACUUUCAUUGGCUUUCAUUGGUGGGCUUCCACUAGCUUACCAGCUGACCAGUGAAUUUGCAGAAAAGUCUCAUAACGAAAUAGAAGCCAUUCAGGUCAGCUGCGUUAUCACUUUCUUUGCCAGCAUAUUUCAGUUUGCAAUAUGGACUACAGCCCUUCUUAAUGAAGAGGAAACCUUGCAUGCCUUUGCUAGAUAUGGUGGUAAGGAGCAUGCCUUCAUGUUUGCCAAGCUGGCUCUCUACCCUUGUGUAAGCCUUGGGGCCUUCUUUUUAACUUGCUUGUUAAGUGAAUUUAGCACAGCAAUUUUCCAUCUGAUGCAGAUUGUAAUCCCGUUUGCUUUUCUUGCCUUGCGCAUUCUUGUUAGAAUUUCUUUAACUGCCAUAAAGUCUGUGAUGUCUCUCUCCAGACGGAAGGUUGUAUUGUUAGAAGAGGAGGAGGCAUGUUUGUCUCCAAAUGAAACACUGUCCUAAACUUCUGCACAGUGCAUGUGAACUUACGAGAUCAACUUCAGUUCCUCUGACUCGCAUUAUAUUCAUGUAUGGAUUAUAUUGAUGUAAACCAAAGCCUGUAUUGACCAUAACUGAGGCGUAUUUAUGUUUAAGCUGGUCAUGCUCGAGAUCCUUUCUCCAAAAUCUGCUAUUGAAAAUAUUGGGUAAACAGGGGAUGCAAAGAAAAGCAUGUUCCCCUUCUUCUAGGGUUUCCCUACAGGAAAAAAUGCUGCUUGACAUGUAACUGCAGCAAUCAUAGAUUAAGAAGUGUGCAGAUACUCAGCAAAAUGGCAGCCAAACACAGGCAUAGAUGUUGGUUGAGCUUCUAUGUAAGAGAAUGUGAGGCAUGGAAAACACAGAGACCUCUGGAUUUCUGGAUGGCACAUCGUAGUAGAACACAUGUGCAUACAAAUUACUGUUUUUCUUUUUUUUUUUUUUUAUUUUGUUUGAUUUUUUUCCAAUGGUUACAUUGUCUGUUCUGCAUAGUCACAAACAGGGCAUAGCAGUUGGAAAUCUAACGGUGUUUGAGUGGCUCUGUGUGUGAGUUUAGAUGGGAGCUACAGUUGUGAUAGCAGUCUUCCAAGCCAUCUGAACACAACUUCUUUGGGCAUAUCUAUUCUUUUUUUAAAAAAGGAUGUAACAAAUGAGGAUUCAUGUGGUUUUGCAUCCAAGUUUCUACUAGCUUUGAUACUUUCUGAGGGAAAAGAGCUCUGUGAUUAGACGUACAUUUUUUUCUGUUCUGCAGAAGCUGCUCAUCUGAAAUGUUUGAAUUUCUCAGGCUUUUUGUGUCUCUUUUUUUGUCUGUCAAUGGCACAUCUUUCUGUUAUUCGGAAGGCAUGGUGUCAUACUCAAGGAGAGUAGGAGACUGCAAUGUGUGCAAGUUCCACCUCAGGUAAGGGAGUUGAACUUUCUCCUAAGUUGUGGACAACUAAGCAAUCCCAUAGAUUUCUGAGUCUCAGGAAGACAGCAGAAGAAACCAACUCCUAGAAGUUCCUGUCCAUGAUACGCUGAUUUUUUUUUUUUUUAAUUUUUUUUUUACACUUACAUGCAGCUGGAUAAGUUUUGUGCUUUUCAAAUCAUCUGACUUCUGGCUGCCCUAGAAGCCAUUACACUCCCUUUGGCAGAGUGAAUAAUUUGUAUCUCGAAUUGUCUUAAUGCCUGACAACUUUAAUGCCAUAAUUAAAGGCAUUUGGGGAAUUUUGUUGUUCAUCAUUAAAAAAAAUUGGCAAAAUAUGCCUGAAGAAAUUAUGGGUGAAAACAAAUUCAAAUAUCUCGUUUCAGUUGAGAUUAGCCCUGAAAGCACUUGUGCUUUUGUUUUGAAGCACCUUGAUACCGAAUUCAUAAUUGUGAAUAUUACAUACUUCUUGUGAAGAGUAUGUUCAGCUAUUCAAGGGGAUUUAUACCUAGUUGUGGUUAAAUGAUUUGCAUUGUGUUGUGUAUAAGUUUUUCUGAUACUUAAUAAAAGCACUUUUGGUUCUGUA